AUGCGAAAUGGGGAAGAAGAAGAAGAGGACACUUUGGAAGGAGAACGGGAAACUAGUGACGAAAAAAAGGGCAUGGCUUAUACAGCAUUGUUAACUCUCCUUCAAGCGGAAGAAAGAACAAAGAAGGAGCCUAAACCGGACCACAAUUUGAAUACCAAUCCAGCGGCGGAAAAAGAGGAAAAAGAUCAAGAUGAGCUCGAAAAAGAAGAACCAGCCGGCGCAAAUUUGGACGAGCCUCUUGCCGAAGAUGAAGCAGAGGACCAAGACGAACAGUAUGAAAGUGACUUGGAGCUGGAUGACGAGGACGCAGCCACUGGUCUUGCUAGGGACCCCUUUGACGUCCAUUUCAACCAACCGUCGGAGGAGUACAUGGAGAAAGAAGAAAAACUUGUCAUAAAGGAAAAGGGGAAAUGGACAGUACUGGCGAAAAAACAAUACAGCAAUGAUUUAUCCUUGAUCAGCAUCACUCAGCUGCCUCCUGGAACACCAAUCAAAGUGCCUCCAUCGUCAUCAUCGAAAGAAGACCUGAAAUUGCUGCGUUUCCCGUUGAAGAAAAGAGUGCAUGACGCUUACGAGAGCGUCUAUGGCAACUCGCUCACAACCUUGGAGUCGAUCCUCCUCGAGCCUAUAUCCAACUAUCAAGACGUCAACUAUCAAUACAGGACGUAUCUGAACAUUGCAUAUAGAAAACUCUACGUGUUGCACGCGUUGAACCAUAUUUACAAGACUAGAGAUCGCAUAAUUAAAAACACCUUGAAGUUGCAUGCACUGAAGGAAUCUGGCAAGGAUCUAGAGCUUCGAGACCAAGGAUUCACACGGCCGAAAGUUCUCAUCCUUUUACCUACACGAGACGCAUGCAAUGAAGUCGUUGAGGCAAUUAUAAAAUUGUCGGGCACUGAUCAGCAAGAAAACAAAAAAAAAUUCACCAGCCAGUUUUAUACAAAGGAUAUCGCAAGAACAAAUAAACCUGCCGAUUUCCAAGACGCAUUCAAGGGCAACAAUAAUGAUUUUUUUUGCAUAGGAUUGAAACUUACGCGAAAGAGCUUGAAGUUAUACUCGUCUUUUUACUCCUCCGAUAUCAUAUUGGCUUCGCCGUUGGGGUUAUCGAUGAUUUUGGAGAAUCCAGAUAAAAAGAAAAGACAGUACGAUUUCAUUUCCUCGAUUGAGGUUUUGAUUGUAGACAAGGCGAAUCAAAUUGAAAUGCAAAACUGGGAUCAUGUAAACACGGUGAUGAAAUACAUCAACAAGGUUCCACAAGAGUUUCACGAUGCCGAUUUCAGUAGAAUUCGAAUGUGGAAUAUCAACGAUCAAGCCAAAUUGCUCAGGCAAACCUUGGUGUUUAGCGAGUUCUUGACGCCCUCGAUUAAUAACCUCGUCUCGUCGAAAUCGUUUAAUCUAGCAGGCAAAGUGCGCUUCAAGCCGGUAAUUACAUCCGAAUCCAGCAUCAUGAACUCGAUUGGAUUGAAGAUAAAACAGUUGUUCCAGCGGUCCUUCCCCACUGAGUCACCUGCCGAUGAUCCAGAAGCUCGCUUCAAGUUUUUCACCAAUACAAUCGUGCCCAAUCUACUCAAAACAUCCGCGUAUGGAGACGGCAUCAUGAUCUACAUCCCUUCGUAUUUCGACUACUUGCGGGUAAAAGCUUUUUUCAAAACAUCGACAAAGUACAAUUUCGGCUCGAUCGAUGAGUACAGCUCGCAAUCGAAAUUAUCUAGAACUAGACAUGAAUUCAGUACGGGAAAGAUACAAAUCUUGCUAUACACUGAAAGAUUGCAUUUCUUUCGAAGAUACGAAAUCAACGGCGUGAAAAACUUGAUCAUCUAUUCACCCCCGUCAAAUCCCAUCUUCUAUAAAGAACUUAUUCGGUUUAUUGGCAAAUCGGUAUUCAAAGAGGAAUGCGAUUUGAAUCUUGUCAAUGUCAAGACCAUCUUUUCCAAAUGGGACGCUAAUGCGUUGGAAAGAAUCGUUGGUAAUGAAAGGGCCCCCGUCUUGUGCAAUUCCCAAAAUGAAUUGUAUGAGUUUAGAUGA